ACUUUUACCUGAGCUAGCUAGUAGCUGUAACAUCAGUAAUGGACCCCCGGUAUUUUGCUCAAGACGUCCUUAGGUGUGACCUCUGUGAGAUACAUGUAGUACAAAGUCAUUGUGAGCUUUGUCAUGUCAACCUGUGUAAGGCCUGUGUAGGAGAGCAUCUCUCUGAUUCAAACAAGAAACAUAGAGUUGUACCAUAUAGAGAAAGAACCUCAACUCCUAUCUACCCAAAAUGUCUAAAUCAUUCCAAGAACUGUGAACUUUAUUGUGAGCAAUGUGACAUUCCUGUCUGUUCUACCUGCAUCUCCUCGGGAAAACAUAAAGGGCAUCAUUUAUCAGAUGUUUUACAAAAACUCAGCUCUAAAUCAAGAGAUAUGGAAAAAGAACUAAGAGAACUUGAGACUACAAUUUACCCAAAAUAUGAAGAAAUUGCAUCUGGCAUAAAAACAAAGAAAGACAACUUGGAAACACACUACAGGAAUCUGACAACAGCUGUCACCAAACAAGGAGAACUCUGGCACAGAAAAAUUAACAUCAUUGUCAACAAACAGAAAUCUGAAAUUGAUGAGAUGAAAACUAAACAUAUCGCUGCUCUAAAUACAGAGGAAGACGUUAUCACAAAAAUUACUGAAGAUGUAAAACAGAGUAUUGAUUGUCUGAAGAAAAUACUGGACUCAAAUGAUAUUUCCUUAGCAUCAGAAUACAAAUCCAGAAUUGCAGAGUUCAGAAGUUUACCCCCAGACCUCAAGGUAAUAUUACCAAGUUUCUCUCCCCAAUGGACAGACUCAGAAAAGCUCUAUCAUAUGUUUGGUUCUCUGUCAGCAUUAACCAUUACAAAGGAAGAACAUGGCUACACAAUGAAGACAUCAGAAACUGUAUCCUGUCUUCCAGUCAAGCCACUGCUUGAUGAGCCAGAGGCUGUCACCACCAUAGACACUGGGUAUGAAUACACACUAUGCAGUGUUACCUGUCUCAGUGAUGAAGAGAUUUGGACACUUGGAGGAGACAAAAUUAUGAAACUCUACAACCUCCAUGGAAAACUACUGAAGUCAAUCCAAACCAAAUCAGGAAACACACCACAUGACAUAGCAGUGACAAGAAGUGGAGAUCUAGUUUAUACUGAUCCUGAUACAAGAACAGUAAACAUAGUGAAGAAUGAAAAGAUACAGGAAGUGAUCAGACUACAGGGGUGGAAACCUUACUAUCUCUGCAGUACCUCCUCUGGUGACCUCCUGGUUAUUAUGGACAAUGAUGAAAACAAACAAAAAAAAGUCAUCCGUUACUCUGGCUCAAUUGCAAAACAAACCAUUCAGUUUGAUAGUGAAGGUAGACCUCUCUAUUCAUCUGGUUCUGUUACAUACAUCUGUGAGAACAGGAACCUAGAUAUCUGUGUGGCUGACAAUAAAGCCAGAGCAGUAAUGGUGGUCAAUCAGGCAGGAAAAUUCAGAUUCAGAUACACUGGUCAUCCUACUACUACCAAGGAACUAUUUGAUCCACUCGGCAUCACAACAGACACCCAGCGUCAGAUCCUGAUUUCAGACUUUGAUUACAACUGUAUCCACAUUCUAGAUCAGGAUGGACAUUUCCUCCGUUACAUUGAUAACUGUGGUCUAGAGCAUCCAUGGGGUAUAUGUAUAGACACCAGUGAUAACCUCUUUGUGGCUGAGUGGAAAAGUGGUAAAACACCACCUUUUUCCGCUGAAUCAUCAGAAAUGGACCCCCGAUACAGUGCUCAAGACAUCAUAAGGUGUGACCUCUGUGAGAGACAUGUGGUACAAAGUCACUGCGAGCUCUGUCAUGUCAACCUUUGUAAGACCUGUGUAGGAGAGCAUCUUUCUGAUUCAACCAAAAAACAUAGAGUCGUACCAUAUAAAGAAAGAACCUCAACUCCUAACUAUCCAAAAUGUCUCAUGCAUUCCAAGAACUGUGAACUUUACUGUGAACAAUGUGAUAUUCCUGUCUGUUCUACCUGCAUUUCCUCAGGUAAACAUAAAGGACAUCAUUUAUUAGAUAUUUUACAAAAACUCAGCUCCAAAACAAGAGAUAUGGAAGAAGAAUUAAUUGAACUUGAGACUGAAAUUUACCCAAAAUAUGAAGAAAUUGCAUCUGGCAUAAAAAAUAAGAAAGAAAACGUAGAAACACAAUACAGGAAACUGAAAGCAGCCGUCUCCAAACAAGAAGAAGACUGGCACAGAGAAAUUAACAUCAUUGUCAACAAACGAAAAUCUGAAAUUGACGAGAUGAAAUCUAAGCACCUGGCUGCUCUAAGUGAAGAGGAAAACAAAAUCAAACACAUUACUGCAGAAGUAAAACAGAGUAUCAUUGACCAAAAGAAAAUUCUACAAUCCAAUGAUAUUUCCUUAGCCUCUGUAUACAAAUCCAGAAAUGCAGAGUUCAGACGUUUACCUCCAGAAGUCAAUGUAUCAUUACCAAGUUUCUCUCCUCAGCAGAUCAACACAGAGCAGCUCCAUCAAAUGUUUGGUUUUCUGUCAGCAUUAUCAAUUACAACAGAACAUGGCUACACAAUGAAGACACCAGAGGAUGUAUCCUGUCCUCCUGUCAAACCACUGCUUGAUGAACCGCAACUUAUUUCCACCAUAGACACUGGGUAUAAACCACUACGCAGUGUUACCUUUCUCAGAGAUGAUGAAAUCUGGACAUGUGGAAAUGGCGAAAUCAUAAAACUCUACAAUUUUCAGGGCAAACUACUGAAGUCAAUCACAACACAGUCAGGGAGACAAGCAAGUGACAUAACCGUGACAAGGAGUGGAGAUCUAAUUUAUAUUGACCGUGAUACAAGAACUGUAAACAUAGUGAAGAAUAAACAGAUACAGGAAGUGAUCAGACUACAGGGGUGGACACCUUACAAUGUCUGUAGUACCUCCUCUGGUGACCUCCUGGUUACCAUGAACAGUGAAGAUGACACACACACAAAAGUUGUCCGUUACUCUGGCUCUUAUGAAAAGCAAACCAUUCAGUUUGAUAGUAAAGGUAAUCCUCUCUAUUCAUCUAGUGACUUAUUUAAAUCCGUCACUGAGAACAGGAACCUGGAUAUCUGUGUUGCUGAUCAUGGAGCCCGUGCAGUAGUGGUGGUCAAUCAGGCAGGAAAACUACGAUUUAGAUACACCGGUCCUCCAUUUACAAUUAAGGGAGUAUUCCUUCCAUACGGCAUCACAACAGACAGCCAGAGUCAGAUCCUAACAGCAGACAGUGUCAACAACUGUAUCUACAUCCUAGAUCAAGAUGGACAGUUUCUGCGUCACAUUGAUAACUGUGAUCUGCAAUAUCCAUGGGGUUUAUGUGUAGACAUCAGAGACAAUCUUUUUGUGACUGAGAAUAUCACUGGUAAAGUGAAGAAAAUCAAAUACAUGUAAGCACUGCAUUGUGUUUAAAAUGAUUGUAAAUAAGAAAAGUAUAUUAUUAAGCUAUCCAUUUAGUAAGAGUUACAUAUAUACUUGUGCAUGUCUGAUUAUAAGGAUUAAUUUAAAAAGAUGAGAAGUUUGUCAAAAGCACAUAUUCUUGAUAUGUAAUGAAUUUUCAUUGAUUUAAAGAAGAAAUGCACUUGCACUAUUUUUAAAUCUAUCAAUUAUUCGCAUAAUAAAUAAUAAUGCAUUUAAUAAUAGAUAGUUUUCAGUAGACCCAUUUUAACAAGAGUUAUUUCCCGUUGGCCGCCAUCUUGUGGGUCAAACAUGUAAUUUCCCCCUUUGUCCUACCAAAUAUACGAGGGUGUAGCAGAAAUAUUUGGGGGAAAUUGUUAUGGAAUAAACAUUAUGAAAUAAAGGAGGCUCUAACAAAUGUAUAAUUGUCAGAAAAACAAUGCUUCCCAGCCCACAAUAGCCAGUAUAAAAAGUUAAAGUUGGUUGAAUAAUAAGGAAUAUGAGCAAUAUGGCGGCCGAAGGGAAAUAACUCUUGUUCAUUUGGGACUACUGAAAACUAUCUAUAAUCCGAUAUGUGAAGUAUACAAAGUUAUAAGUUUAUAGUGGAAAUUAAAAACAUAAAUAAUUAAAGAACCGAAUUGUAUAUUUGAGAACAUUAGUAAUGGGCAUAGCGCGUGUUGUCUGAGAACACUGUCAAUACAUUUCUGCUUUACAUUUUACUUUUUAUUUACAUAUUGCAUU